GAAACAAACUGCAGAAAAGAAUGUGCUACCGCGUGCCUCUUCUUUUCCAAUCAUACGACCGAAACCAACCUAUUUAAGUACAACAUGAAGCUCACUCUGUGAUGGAGCGCCAGGGGUCCGUACCCACUUUAUGAUGGAACUCAACACCCAAUAGAUGUGCGUCUGUAUAGUAUCUCGCUUCAGUAAAUUUGAUUUCUGACUGGAAUUGCAAUUUGUCUUCGGUGGCACCUAUGGAAGUAGUUCAGUCUCUCUGGUGUCGGUCUCGAUCUGUGUGCAUCUUUGUCGCCCCCAGAACUAUUUAUUUGCUUCGGUCUUUCUGGUGGAUCUGAUUGUGAUUGGAAUUUAUUGGAGAUUCGGUUUCGCCGCGGCGUUGUUGUGGUAAGAGCCAGUCGCGAGGCGACCACUUCGUGCUGCAGUAUUCAAGUAUUAUGAUCCGCUCAUAGUGUUGCAGUGCUGACGUGCAGACUUUCCCGAUUGAAAUCAGAUAUCAUAAUUUACGAAUUUUCCGUUUACUUAGUCGUGUUUUCCCCAUUCCUCCACUUCGUUAGAAAGAGCAAACAGAGAUGCCACGACAAGUCCUGUUGGUGUUGCGAAUAAAGUUGUAGCCAGCAAAUUACAAUCUCAAUUCUGAAUAACCGGCGGCGGGAACAACAAAACAAGUGAUAGUGAAGCGACAAAACCACAAUGGCAAGCUUCUUUGCCCACUUUCUCGUUCUCCAACAGAUUUUGUUUUUCCCAGCGCGCGUCGAAGGUAUCCUGCUCGGGGGCACGGAGCUUUACCCCGAUAUUUUGCCGGAGUCCGUGCUCGAACUGGAAGAAACGGAAAACCAGACUCCCUUCUAUUGUCCAGCGAAGAAUGCCCGCGGAAACUACCUGCGUGAAGACGACGAUAGCAUUAAUUCGCCGACGGGACUAAUCGGAAAGAUGAAGACAUACGGACGUAAGAUAAAAAACGUCUCCCGCAACUGGUAUAUUAAGCGGAUUUGCGAAGCAAGGGAUGGGAGCACGCUGCAAAAGCAAUGUCUUGACUUCAAGAAGGCCAUGGACUCGAUUCCACAAGAUGGGGACGAUGAUGUCCAGAAUGCCAUCAAGCUAGUCCAGAAUCUUGCCAAGAUAUUCGAACAGGCAAAGACGGUGCUUGCGGAGGCCGACGAGCAACGCGAAGUCGUCCCCUAUGAAUGCGAGUUUCUUGUGAAGAAAA